AUGUCUAUAACAAGCUCUUCAGAAACCGAGGAUCACGCUAACUCUGUGACUUCUGAAGCUGAUGAGCAGUCUAAUACAGUUGAAAAAAAAACUAAAGUGGGGGAUAGAUUUACACCUUCUCAAAUUUCCAGAAGGAGUGAUGAUAGCUUUACACAUUCAAAAGAAUAUGGUUUAACUCCUGAAAGCGACUCGAAACACACUAGGUGUCAUUUUUUUGAACCCCCUUUAAAAGAUAAAGACCGAUCAGCUUUCCAUCUAACACUUGAACUUGCAAAAAAACCGAUUGAUAACACUGCUGACAGGAUUGGAUCUAGUGCCAGUGAUAGUGUAACUCCUAUUAGUCUAAACAAAUCAUUUUCAGGAAAACGCAUUCACUCAAAAAGUUUUGGAAAUAACACCAGUAACUACAGUAAUAGCAUUGGUCUUGUCAGAGCUUGUAGCAGUUCAGAGAUCCGAAAAUUUCAGGCACAUUUAGAUCAGUCACUUCCAACAGAAAUAAAAGCAAAUCAAAGUCUACGUCCUCCUCAUGGUCGUCGCUCAUUGUCCUCAUCUGCAUCAUAUACACGACAGCAGCAACAGCAACAGGUAUCCAGACCACAUCAGCAAACUCUUGCGUCAAUCAGAUCAUAUUUAAAUUUUGCGAAAAAUGUCACAAAGGACUUUUUGUCACCUAAUGAUUUAGAAAUCCCUGGUCAUGUUCCCAACCUUAGGUCCCCUCGGUUUUCCGUCGCUAAGUCACAAGGGGCCCCCUUUGAUUUUUUUGAUGAUUUAGAAUCGAUAAAGUCGAUAUAUUUAAAUAAUGAUUUUCCGGUAUCCAGUCAUUCAAGUAAAGUUCAUAGCAGAGCUGAAUCUACUCAUAAUAUUUCCCGGCCUUCUAUGCAUUAUCAAAUAUCAGACAUUUUUUCAGCUGAUAUAAAUGAUAGAAGUUCUUUAAACGUCCAGCACCGUUCGUCAUCUUUCAUUGGAUCGGAUUUUCGUUCAUCAUUUUCUUCUGCUUCUAAUACAAAAACACCUUUUAACGCUGCAUUUAUGGCUACUUGUUCUAGGGCUUCAAACAUGCCUUCAAAUCCUUCACAUACUUAUUUAGUUCAUCGCAGCCAUCAUGAACCAGAAGCUUGUGAUCAGAUUUCAGGGUAUGGGUCGAUCAUUUAUGAAAAUAUAACUGAAGAAGGGGCUGGUGUUAGCAGUAGUGAAGAAAUUGAUGAUGAUGUUGAAAACUUCACUCCUGAGUUAGAGAAAGACUUAGAUGAACGUCGAUUCUAUGAUGAUUUCACAACCAUUGACUGGGUAAGAGAUGUUAUCAAUAUUUCUGCGAGACAUAGAUAUAUCGAAACACUUCCAGGGCUGCGUGGACGCAUGGUACGUAUUGCAGACUCCUGUCAAGGCUGGAUUUUAACUAUUAUUGUCGCUUUUUGCUUUGCAACUAUUGCCUAUUUAGUCAAUAAGUCGGAGGAAUUUGUCUUUGGUCUAAAAUUUGGGGUUUGCACAACUAACAUUUUCCUCACGAGAAAGAACUGUUGCUUAGGAAUUAAAACAAACAUAAUGGAAAUAGAAGAUGUUUGCAGUUCUUUUCGCUCUUGGGAAUCUCUUAUGUUAGAUGAAAGCAACUGGGCCGGGUAUGUUUUAACAAGAACCUUUAGUUCAGUUAAUAGGCAGUUGAUUGGUUUUGUGAUUUACACUCUUUUUUCAAUAGUAUUUGCAUUGAUUGCAGGUGAAUUAACACUUCGCUCGAAAUUAUCAACGCUUGUUUCUUCAAAAAUCAACUUUGAAGAUGAAAAAUACGUCCCAUUUAAUGCUUUUAAAAAGGACAAUACACAAUCAAGUUCGGCUGGGUAUACAUCAAUACCUAUAUUAAAUGAGGAAAAUACUGUUGAAAGAAGAGAAACAAUAUCGAAAAAUUCAAGUGAUAAUACUGAAUUUUCUAAACUUUUGCCCCAAAAUUCUAGAAAUUUUUCUAAAAAAACAUCUGCAACACACUCCAGAACAAUAUAUGCUUGCAGCGGUUCCGGGGUUCCUGAAGUAAAAACCAUUCUUUCAGGAUUUGUUAUUAGAGGAUUUCUUGGCACAAAAACCAUUAUUUUAAAAUCUAUUGGUCUUGUAUUUUCUAUUGCUUCUGGACUUGCAGUUGGUAAAGAAGGGCCCUUUGUACAUCUUGCCACUUGUGUAGGAAAUGUAUCUUGUCGAUUGUUUAAAAAAUAUGCAGAAAACGAUUUAAAAAGAAGACAGAUUCUUUCGGCUGCUUCUUCGGCUGGGGUAGGUUUAGCAUUUGGUUCACCAAUUGGGGGUGUUCUCUUUGCAUUGGAAGAAGUCAGUUAUUACUUCUUACCACACCAACUUUUUCGAAUCUUUUUCUGUGCCCUCAUGUCAGCAUUGUUUUUAGUGUUUUACAAUCCUUAUGGUCGAGGAAAUAUUGUUUUAUUUGAGGUUAGCUAUAGUUCUAACUGGAUGAUGUGGGAACUGGUGUGUUUCAUACUUCUUGGAGUUUGUGGUGGGGUUUAUGGUGGUGUUUUUUGCAAAUUCGCAGCUAAUAUCACUACAGUAAAUUAUUCAACUUCACAUUUUAUAACAUCGUUAUUGAGUCACCCUAAUGACUCAAAUUUAGAUACAUCAUAUUUGGAAUCAACAAAAGCCUUGUGUCCAGAGGACCCAGCCCGCAUUCUAGACAUUUUAAAACCUCUCUGCUAUGCACUUUUUGUUAAAAUUUUAUUGACAGCAAUUACGUUUGGAGCAAAAAUACCAGCAGGUAUAUAUGUUCCAUCCAUGGUUGUUGGUGCCUUAUUUGGUCGGAUAUUUGGUCUUGUUUUACAAUAUCUGGGGCAUUUGUGGAUAAUGAAGGUUAAAGAAAUUGAAGAUGGCACCCCGUCCAAAGUUGGGUUUAUAUACCUUUUAUUGUUUGUGAAGGAUGUGAGCUAUCCAGUGAGCAGGAUUGUCCCAGGCGUUUAUGCAAUGGCUGGAGCAGGGGCAUUUAUGGCUGGUGUUACACGAAUGAAUCUGACGCUUGCCGUAAUUUUGUUCGAAUUAACGGGAUCACUUCACUAUGUGAUGCCUUUUAGUAUAUCUGUUUUAGUUUCUAACUGGGCUGCGGCUUUGAUCGAAGAAAGAUCGCUUUAUGAGAUUCUAAUUGAAAAGAAUGAAUUUCCUUAUAUGGACAAUCGAGUGUCGUUAUCUUUUGAUUCAAAGCUGGCAGAUGUGGUUCCAACGUUAAAACGGGGGGGAAUUGUUAUUGACAUUGGUGCUGGCCAUUAUGUUUCGACCAAACAAUUGGUUACUGUCCUAUCUCAACUUCAUUCUCGAGGUGAGUUUGAUGCUUGCGUUGCAAUUGUGCGCGGCCCAACACUUUUUGGAAUGAUAUCUGCUCCUGAGCUUGAGUUUGCAUUGGAUAGGAUUUGCGAGCAAUGUCUUAUUGUUGUUGGGAGUAACAGUGGUCAAUUUCAAGGUCGGUCGUCAGAAUCCAUUGUACUUCCUCUUUCACUUCAAACAGAAGCAAUGCUGAAGUUUGAGUCUGUAAUGUGUAGACUCUCGUCACAAGACGACUCGACUGAAGAUGAACUAUAUAAAUAUCGCAACUGUUACUAUGACAGUAGUUUUGGAUUACCUUUUGGAUCUAUGGAUAAACAAAAUACAGAAGAAGCUUUUGAGCAUGUGCAUUAUAACCUCGGAGCUCAGAGAGGCAUGACACAAGAUGCAUCUGCAAACCGGCAAGAUUUUUCGACUUUAAACUCUAGUAAUGCAAACUCAACUGGGUUGCAUGAGCACUCACGCCAGCAGCAUUCCUCAUUCACCUCACUUUACAAAACCGUACACAAAAGCCCAGCUAUUAAUUCAAAUGCAUUUUUUGAUUCAGUAACUUCUGGUUUGACCAUAGAAAAUACUCAGGACUCAAAUAAUCCUUCCUCUAUCAUCCGUGGAGUGUCAUUGUCUAUGCAUGCGUCUAGAACUGCUGCGCAAAAGCCUUUGGAUUUUGAGUUCCGUAGACCAGGAAGUGGAAUUUUGUCAGCACUUCCACAAGAAAUUAUAUUAAAUCAGCAAAAUGCUCUUGCUAACGACCAUAUUGAUAAUGAGGAAGAGGUUUUACCUUUGGAUGAGUCGUCUGAACAUGUGGAUAGUAAAGUUGAAGUGCUUGUUAGCGACUUGACAUCAUAUAUUAAUCGUGCUCCAAUAGUUUUGGAUGUACAAUCUCCUUUAGCACUUGUGCAAAUGUUUUUUGUCAAGCUUGGAGUACGUGCAAUUGGAGUUUUGGAAGAUGGACAAUUUGUUGGAGUUUUACACAAGAAGAGGUUUAAAGAGUAUUGCCAACACAUUUCAGCUUGA